GCUGCAGGCUGCCUCCCCCGCUUCUCUGUUUGCGCAUGCGCACCCACACCAAACCCAUUACCAUGUCAGACCGCAGAAAUGAAACUGACUGAAAACUACCUGAUGAAGCGCUGAGCGGGUACAGUUUAAAUCACUGGAGUGUCGCUUGAGGGCUGGUUAAACAACAACAACAACAACAACAACAACAUGUUUGGGAAGAAGAAGAGAGCUCCGCCAACCAAAGGCCAGGGAGCUGCUGCAGCCAAGCAGAUGGGUCUGUUUGUAGACCUGGACUCAGAGGAGAUGAUGAUGGGUAUGGACGGGAAUCUGGACGACCCGGAUUUGGAGGCUGAACUUGCUGCCAUCACUGGAAAUAAACCUGCUGCUGGAGGCAGAGCCAAGCACAAGGGGAGAAGCCCGCUGCCCAUGGAAGACAUCGCAAAGAUGGCUGACGAGUGCAUGAGGGAUGUAGACGACGAUGACGAUGACGGUGACCUGGAAGACGAUGAAGAUCUACUGGCAGAGUUACAGGAAGUGGUGGGUGAGGGGGAGGCUGAGGAUGCUGUAACUGUUUCCUCCCCGUCCUCAGCCGCUGCUGAAUCUUCUCAAGCUGAAACACCAGAGUCCCCACUGCCGCAGCAGCUGGAAGUAAAGGUCUCUUCAGCAGUGCCUGGUAGCCUCCAACACACUCUAGAGGAGAGAAUAGCCAUGUACAAGACUGCCUCGCAAAACGCCAAGACAGCAGGGGAGACGUCCAAGGCCCGGAGAUAUGACCGGGGCCUGAAGAAUCUGGAGGCGAUGUUAGCCGCCGUGAAGAAAGGGAGACCCGUGAACGAGGCGGAGAUCCCUCCUCCUGUUGCCACCGGAGCCCCGAGCGCCGCCGCCUCUCGUCCUGCCGUUCCCCAACGACCUCCUCCCCCUGUACCCUCGCCUCCUGCAUCCACUCCUUCGGAUCAGCAGGGGCAGGCGGUACCAGAGAUUGUCACCCCCAGCAGCGAAGAAGAGCAGUCGUCCUCCUCCACCUUGCAAACUCUGAGCAGCAUCCCAUCUCCAGAGGAGCCGACAGAGAAACCUGCCGGCCAGCCUCUGACAGAUGCAAGCGACUCAACCAGGACGAUGCUUUUGGAGAGGCAGAAAGAAUACAAGAUGGCAGCGCUGAGAGCCAAGAAGCAGGGAGACCUGGAGCAAGCUAGACUUCACUUCAAGACCAGCAAGAGGUUCGAUGCAGUGAUUGAGGCGUUGGAAAAAGGACAAGCAGUUGACCUGAGUGGCCUUCCUCCGUCUCCAGGGCAGGGAAGGCCUGCUCCAGUGAAGGAAGCUUCCUCUGGGCAAAGCAUCGAGGUCACCCAACCGGUUGCAGCAGCUCCAGUUCCUGCAGCUCCCAAAGACGCGCUGGAGGCUCUCGAGCAGAGACGAGCAAAGUAUAUGGAAGCGUCGAGUCAAGCCAAAGCCAACGGAGACGACCGCAAGGCCAGAAUGCACGACCGUAUCGCCAAGCAAUACCAGAGUGCCAUCCGAGCUCACAAAGCAGGAAAAGCCGUCAACUUCGAGGAGUUGCCGGUUCCCCCCGGUUUCCCUCCAAUCCCCGGCCAGAAGGCGACAGGAGCCGAGCAGGGAUUUGUUGCCGCACUAGUGGCAGCGGAUAAGCUCGUCUCUACUGAUAAUGUCGAAAUAGCAGAUGACGAAGACGAUGAGGAGGAGUCUAAGCCCGCUGUUCCAGAAGAGCCAAAGAAGCCCACGUUGGACGUUUCCACUGCAGGUCAGGAAAGGAAGAGGACUCCGUCAGCUUCACCUGACAGAACAGCUGCCAGGGAAGGACUCUCACCAACAGCGGUUCAGCAGCUGGAGUUUCUGGAGGGCAGGAAGAAGCAGUACAUGAAGGCGGCUCUGCAGGCGAAGCAGAAGAGCGACAUGGAGCAGGCCAAGGUUUUCCUCCGCACCGCCAAGGGCUUCGACCCCAUGAUCGAGGCGGCGCGCAGCGGCAAAACUGUGGACAUCAGCACGAUGCCGUCUCCCCCUGGUGAUGAAGACGACGACUUCAUCCUGGUUCAUCACAGCGACGUGCAGAUCUCGGAGAAAGCAGAGCAAGUUUACACACAGCUGGCGAAGAUCCUCAAAGAGCAGUACGAGAAAUGUAUGACUCACUCCAAGCAAUUCACACACCUGGGGAACAUCGCGGAAACAACAAAGUUUGAGAAGAUGGCGGACAGUUGUAAAAAGAGUCUGGAGAUCCUGAAGCUGGCUCAGAUGAGAGGUCUGCCUCCUCCUAAGCAUCACUUUGAGGAGAGAUCGUUUCACACUGUCAGGAUAUUUCCAGAGCUGAGCAGCACUGACAUGGUUGUUGUUAUCGUCAAAGGGAUGAAUCUUCCUGCUCCGAGUGGAAUCCAAACAAACGAUCUGGACGCCUACGUCAAGUUCGACUUCCCGUACCCGAGCGCGGAGCAGCCGCAGAAACAUAAAACAGCCGUCAUCAAGAACACUAACUCCCCAGAAUAUAACCAGAGCUUCACGCUGUCGAUCAACCGUAACCACCGCGGCUUCAGGAGGGUGGUGGCGUCUAAAGGCCUCAAACUGGAGCUGCUGCACAAAGGUGGUUUCUUGCGGAGCGACAAGCCGAUCGGGACGGCCCUCGUGAAGCUGGAGAAGCUGGAGUCACACAGUGAAAUCAGGGAGAUCGUGGAGGUGAUGGACGGCCGUAAGGCCACAGGGGGACGAGUCGAAGUGAAGAUCCGACUGCGGGAGCCUCUGAGCGGACAGGACAUGCAGACGAGCACAGAGCGCUGGCUGGUGAUCGACAAGUCACAGGUUCUUGUUUAGAUGCUGCUGCAAGAAUAAAGAUGCUUCACCAUAUAAAGAUUUAAAGGCACUCAAUCAAAAAAUAAAAAACACUCUGAGGAGGACGGAGGACGGAGUUUGGGGGUUGUGAUGAGGACGGCCUGCUGUUCAGACCUGGACUCAGACCGUACACGGGUCUUUGACUUAUUAAAAAACUUUUGCACAUUUGCAAGACACGGGAGCUCCCUUUGACACCGCGGUCCACCAGGAGGAGACACUGGAGCUGGUUUACGGUAGGUUAGCUGCCGAUGGACAGAUGUUUGGUUCUUCUCUCACAGAUAUCAGCUCGUGAUGCAUCAGGCAGACGCGGCUGAUGAUGUAAAUCAGAGAUCGUAGUUGUGCAAAAUUCUCCUUCUUCUCCUGGAGGACGGCGGGCGGCGCGUCCGCUGCUUAUGUCGAAGGGGCUCGGUGUCGAGCUAACCUGAUCCUGCUGCCCGACGUGACUCUAGUUAAUAUAAUAUAUCAAAGAAUGUGUACAUAUUCCUCAUAUCAUACAGCUCUGGUAUCUAGAACUGCACCUAUGCACUAAUACCAAAAUAAUCACUGUUGCUGUAAAAUCCUGCAUAUUUGAAAUAUCUGCCAAACCUGUUACUACGACGCCGCCAAGAGCUUAAGGUGUGACGGGAAGUUUUUAUUAUUUUUCAUCUGGUUUUGAGACGAUGAGGCAGAUGCAGCAUCCUCGUCGAUGUUUUUACAGGAGCAAGCCAAGAAAUUAUGAUGCGAUACUCGGUACGAUUAUAUGAUUUAUCGUGGAGACCACACUCCUUUCGCUUGAUGAGUUGUCUCACUGCGUUCACUAAACUGCACUCUCACUUACCUGUGGCUUUAGGUGUGUUAGAUUUUUUAUUUUUAUUUGUCUUGUUUACACUCAAAUAGCACAGAAUCACAGCUGAGCUGAUCAUUUUAAAGGCAAACAUCCAUUCUUUAACAUCGAUGGAUGACUUAACUUUAAGAGCAUCCUGUUUUACAUUUUUAUUAAAGAGCAGUUCGGCCUUUUGGGGAAAUCUGUUCAGAGUUAAAAACAUGCAGCUCGAGCCAGGACACAGUUAUCUUAGCAGAAAUAUUGGAAGCAGGACCCACUAGCCUGACUCUGUCCAAAGUUCAUAAAUAAAACCAGGCAGCGCCUCCAAAUCUCACUAAUUAACAUCUCAUUAGUUUCACCAACAAAGUGGAAGAGCCGAGGAUUUGUGGUUUCACAGAGUCGCAUCAUCUUAUUGACCAACAGCCAAGAAUAAACCGCUGUGAAAGAAUCUGGAAAUCCCUCGCUCUCAUUCACUGUCUUUGUCACUCAACCAUCAGACACAAAUCAGAUUAAACUUCUAUUUUGCAGCAGAAACCGUGAGUCAGACUCAGAUUUAGAAGCUGGGUACGUGAAAUAAACACACACAGGUCGAGUAUCAGAGUUUAGUUCAUGAAUCCACCUGGAUGAGUCUCAGUUUCAGAGACGUUACAGGAUUUAGACUGAUCUGAUCGGCGGCUGCAGUGCGACAUCACACUGGAUUCUGUUUCAGAGGUGUCGUUUUGAACUUUGAACUUAGCCCGGCGAGCCAUUUCCCCCUGCUUGCAGUGUUUAUGCUAAACUACGCUGAUCGCCAUGGGAGGAGUCGUCUUCUCUCUUGAUGAUUUCCCAAAAUGUCGAACUAUUCCUUUAAUUGUGUGGAGCUCCUUCUUAAAAACUAUGCAUCAGAUCUCUGCAGCACUGACGAAAUAUCCGGAUGGAUCCUUAACUUUGUUUUUAAAAAAAGGGUCAGUUCACUCAAGUUUCCUGAUGUAAACAAACCCAGUUUGAUUCUUUUGUGCUGCUCAAUUCUUUAAAAGAAUAUUUGAAAUACUUAAUAUUGAGACUGAAAAGUUGAUUUUUCAUUUCAGAAAAUUUGUUUUCAAGGACAAAAAUAAUGAACUUCCAAGAAGUCCUUCAAGUGCCUAAAAGUUGCUUCAGCUGCAGCUGCUUUGUUUGGUCAGUUAUAAAAACAUUCAGGCGAGAGAUGAGGGAAGUUUUUGUAGUGAUUUGAGUGAACUGUCCCUUUUUU